GUGGUGUAAAGCUAAGCCACCAGCCAGGAAGGACAAGGGCAAGGAGGCACUUCUGGACAGAGGGAAUCUUUCCACCUCUGAAGUCCAUGGCCUCUGUUAUUGACAACACAGCUCCACCCUGGCAACCACGACAACACAAAAGCAAGCAGAGAUGUAACCAGCCAAUGUGGCUGCACUUCAAGGAAGCUUCGUGUGCAAAGCCACUGUGCACAGCUGGCCCCCUCUGCCCUAGAGCCCUGCACCUCUGUUCAGGUUCAACUCUAAAGCUCUAUGGCUCCAGGAAGAGAAGGGCCCAGCACCAAGAUUAUUCAUUCCCCAACAAUAGGGAAGAAUUCCAGGUCAAAGCAGAAAACUGGCCCCUGACACAGAUGUACGGACAGUCUCAGCUCCCUUGUGACAUUAUCCAUGCACUGAGGAGAAGCCUGAGUCUGAGGAUACUGCAAGGCUCUUCUGAGAGCCAGACGUGUCUGGGGACAUCCCUAGCAGCCUGGGAGGAAUCCUGGGACUGACACUUAAAACACACCAAUCUGUCUGCUGCUGCGUGAUCAGACAUCAUCGGAUUCCCCACCACUGCACCGGGACGUCUCAGACUCAAGUUGUUUCUCCUUGAAAUAAAAGAAGCAUUCUUGUGCUUAUCGCUG